UCGAUUAUUUAUAACAUAACGCAACACUAAGAGAUACAAACUAAAACACCACAACACAACAUUGACUUUAUCGUAUUUCAUUGUGCAAGGUUUAAAGGAUUAUUGUGACAAUGAAAGCUUACAUUAGGAAUAUGUCUGUGGAAUCCGGAUCUGAAAGUGAAAUGUCUUGCGAAGAGGCAAUAACCGACAUAGAGGAGGUCAUUUUACAGGCGGUGAGAGAGGCGAAAUGCAUGCAGGGGGUCUUCAAGUGCGCCAGCGUUCUUGAGCAUUCCCCGGAGUUGGUUGCCUUGUGCAUCCUGCCAGAGGAGCAAAGCAAGGACAUCUCGGCGCACAUUCAGCAGAAGUUGAUUGAAGCCUAUUGCUGGGAAAACGACAUCAGAGUUGUCAACAUCCAGGAGAAGGUCAUUCAUAGAAUCUCGAAGGUCAACAGAACGAAAACGCUUUCCGCCACUGAUCUGACCUGCGUCUUGUUGACCACUGUUCCAUGCGACACAAGCCUCACCGAUAUUGAUGAUAGUGAAUUCAACAACAUUGGUUGACAAUGACCUGUCGAUAGGCGCACAUUUAAUGGGAAGCCCAACCCAUUUAAUCACCAUCACGAACAACAGCUGUUGCGAGUCAACACUCACUGACAACCGAUGACAUCAAACAUGUGCGAUCCGGAUUAGACGAGGAUCUGAUGUUCUUCGAUUAUAAGCUAGAGCGUGAACUAAAUAACAACAAACGACGCAUUUUGAUGCGAAAGACAGCAUCGCGGACGAUGGAUAGUUUACUGAACUGUUUCAUCGUUAGUUCGUUUGUAGCAACGCAGCGGCACAGUGGUAGCCUGAACUAUGUUUUGGACGUAAAUAUCAUUUGAUCGUGAAGAAAACGCAACAUCGGUAUAGUUAAAACGUCACAAUGACAUAUAAAAUGCGAAUACGCAUUUACAUGAACUUCUGGAGUUAUGGACAAAGUGGGGUGGUUAGUACGAAUGUGCAGCAAUUGCAUGGAGACAGUUAUCACUCAUGACUUGUGGCUGAUUUGAACUUACAGGACAGUAGCGCGGACUAUUAUCACGAGUGCUUUAGAUAUCUCAUAACAAAUACAACGUGGAUAACUAAUUGUCAUUCGGUCACUUUCUAUACCUGACACCGUGUGCGAUAAAGAUUGAGCUCAUGAUUCAUCGUGUCGGUAUUACCAGAGCAGUAUUAAACCAUAUGACUGUCAUACUGUGUGCAUAUGUGAUGUCGCAUCGUGCCUCUUGCAUGGUUAUUCUUUCGAUUGAAACCACGUGAUUAUGAGUUAUUUGCAAUAACAUAUAACAGCUUAUUCUAUGAUGGUACCAAUUAAUCAUUUUACAGUACAGUUAAAUAACUGCACAAUCUAAUUGUGUUUUUAUUUGUAACAAUGCGCUUUUAAAAAUAUGUUGUACUUGUACAUACCUACUGAUGUUGAAUUUGGUGUAAACAUGUUGAUGUUGUAUCUAUGUGUCUAGUUCUUUGAUUAAAUCGACUGAAGUUAA